ACGAAAAAAGGAAAGUAUGCAAGUAAUUUAUUUUCAGGCCUAAUAGCUCUGAGCUAAAAAAAGCCUAGCAUAACAAUUUCAACUCCAUGUUCUCUUCCAUACUAGAUAAUGAGAAAUAAGACUCUGAAGUAAAAGAAGGCACCAAGAUUUUAAAAUAAUUCUACAUAUUCAUUAGAAAAUAAACACCAGAUAUCUGGGAAACAGUAUCAUCAUGAAGUGCUCAGUCAAGCCCUAAAGGCUACCUGGGUACAGCUGCAGUGUGCACAGACAGGGCGUGGGCCUCUUUAUCCCAAGUGGGCCAGGGCCUAAGGCCAGUCAUCUCUGGCCUUGAGCAAGCUCACAUAGGCCAGGAUACUUUAUAAUAUUAUUUUCUCCAGGUGUGCAGUUGGGAAACUUAGAGAACAGUUAACAGUGAGGGCAAGUGAGUGCUUCCAAUUCCUUAACACUUCUGAACUUCUUUUAAGUCAUUUAACUUAUUUAUGUGUAUCUUUUUCAUUGCCUAUGUAAAAUUGCAAAUUCAAGUAUCAUAUUCAAGAGCUUCACAUUCUUUAGUGUACUUGCUUAGUCUUGCAAAGUAUAUUUAUAAGUUGUUUUGUACUAAAAAGGAUUUCAGAGACAAAGACCUGCAUGGUGGCAGGUGUCUGGGUGAGGAUGGUGCCCAGCAGAGAUAGGCUGAGAACUAGAAUGGAUUGGGACCAUGGAGUGCUACAAAGUAGGCUGUAUCUUAAUCAGACAGACCAAUCAUCUAACAAAUAGUUAGGAAACAUGUAUUGUAUGCUGGACCUUGUUCUAGGUACGAGAGAUAAAUUGGUAAAUAAGAUUGGGAGACAGGAUCCUUGAGCUGGUGGAGUUAAUAUCAUGAGCAAAGCUCACCCUCCCGAACUGAAAAAAUUUAUGGACAAGAAGUUAUCAUUGAAAUUAAAUGGUGGCAGACAUGUCCAAGGAAUAUUGUGGGGGUUUGAUCCCUUUAUGAAUCUUGUGAUAGAUGAAUGUGUGGAGAUGGCAACUAGUGGGCAACAAAACAAUAUUGGAAUGGUGGUAAUACGAGGAAAUAGUAUCAUCAUGUUAGAAGCUUUGGAACGAGUAUGAAUAAUGGCUGUUCUGUGGAGAAAUCCAUGUCCCUUCUCCAAUGAGCCUGUUUUACUAUGAUACCAAAAUCGAGUCUUGUACAUUUUCAUAUUCAACUUUUUGUUAAAUAAACUUUUCUAAUAGUCAAAAAAAAAGAUUGGGAGACAGGUAAGCAAGCAAGCCAACAAGUUAACAAGAUCAUUUCAGACAGCACAAAGUGUCAUGGAAACAAAGAAACAGGCAAUAUCCUGAGAGGAUAACAACACAGACCAUCUUAGAAGUGUGGUCUGGAAAGACCUUGCUAAAGAGGCACCGUCUGGGCUGAGGACUGAAUGGGGGAUGAAAGCCUGAGGGUCUGGGAGCACAGGGAACAACCAGUGCAAAGCCCGUCAGGCAAGGGAGAGCUCUGAGGCUUGAGGAAUAGGGAAGACCCAGUCUCUGUGUCCUGAGCAGAGGGAGGACAGCCAGGAGGUGAUGCUGAAGGAAGCAAGAGCCAGUCCUUGUUCCCUUUUGUCAUUCCCCAACCUCUACUAUUUUUUUUUUUUUUGAAACAGAGCCUCAAGUUGUCGCCCUGGGUAGAGUGCCAUGGCGUCACAGCUCACAGCAACCUCCAACUCCUGGGCUUAAGCAAUUCUCUUGCCUCAGCCUCCCAAGUAGCUGGGACUACAGGCACCCGCCACAAUGCCCA